AACCUGGUCGGAUUAAAAAAAGCAACCAGGAGAUCGUUUCUUUACGCUGUCGAUUGCAACGGAUCAUACGAGCUGGCAGUCCAAUCGUGUCGUGCUGGAGACAACAGGGAACGCAACAAGUGUGCCUUUUCGCGGUGUUGACACGGACAUUCCGUUGACAUUAGGCCGCGUAUCGAUUGUGCUGUGUAAAAUUGUAAAAGCAAUUUAAUUCCAACCGAAAGUUAUGAAUCCCUCGGAAUGGUUUAGCGAGGUGUCCGACGAGCUCUGGCCGGGUCAAUGCUUUUCGCUCAAGGUGAAAAGCGUUCUCCACGAGGAGCGCUCCAAGUACCAGCAUAUCAAAAUUGUCCAGAGUGAGUCGCACGGGGUUGUGCUGAUACUCGACGGCAUCAUCCAGUGUACGGAGCGGGACGAGUUCGCUUAUCAGGAGAUGAUUUCCUUCCUGCCGCUCUGCUGCCAUCCGAACCCGCAGCGCGUGCUCAUCGUCGGCGGUGGUGAUGGAGGUGUGGCGCGGGAGGUGGCCAAGCACCCGUCGGUGACGGAGGUGCACCAGGUGGAGAUUGACGAGCGGGUGGUGGAGCUAUCCAAGCAGUACCUUCCAUUCAUGGCGUGCGGGUUCGAUUCACCUAAGCUGAAGCUAACAAUUGGCGAUGGGUUCGAGUACAUGAAGCAGCACGAGGGCGCCUUUGACGUUAUCAUCACAGACAGCAGCGAUCCGAUCGGGCCGGCCGAGUCACUCUUCCGGGAGUCAUACUUCGAGCUGGUGAAGCGAGCGCUCAAACCGAACGGCAUCAUUUGCUCGCAGGGUGGCAGCUUCUGGCUCGAUGCGGGCCAUGUCCGCGAGACGCUCGACUACUGCCGAAAGCACUUCCCGCGCGUCACGUACGGGCUCGCCGCCGUGCCGUCGUAUCCAACGGGGCAGAUUGGAUUUUUCAUCGCCAGCCUCAACCCGGAAACGAAUUUCAGUGAACCUUCGCGCACAUUCAAGGAUGAAGAAAUCGAUCGGAUGAGCCUGCGGUACUACACCUCGGACGUGCACCGGGCCGCUUUCACUUUGCCACGGUUUGCCACGAAAGCACUCUAUCCGUAGCCUGCAUAUAGGCCAGAAAAUGUGGUGCAUUCUAAAGAGGGAAACGAAAUAAAGGGAACACAUGGGAUCAAGGGAAGUUAGGGAAACUCAAUGUUGAGAGAUGAGAUUUGUUUUUAACCCGUUGUAUAAGUCUGUCAAUCGAUGUGUGUAUCGUGUCAAAUGUUUGUUUGAAUAAAUGCUGUUGCACGUCUGCCCCUUUUA